ACGGUUCACUCUGCUAACCGCUAGCACCGUCAGCUGCUGGAAACAUCCGCUGUCACUUCCGGGGUGGAUUUCAAAAUAAAACUAACAGCUAAUGACCACGUUGUAUUGAGGAGUGUGAUGAAGAGGAGACAUCAGGAGAUGAAGCUGCAUGUUAUUCUGCUGCUGAUCUGGAGCCUCUGUCGUCACAGAGUCGACUGCAGUCUGCCCGACUUCACACCUGCAACACCUCUGCUGCAGGUUGAAGCGUCCGUGAACUCUGAGUCAAAUGUCGUCAGCGUCUUGAUGAAGAAUGAAGUCAGUCGACUUCCUGGACUCUGUCGACGUCUGAAGAGACGAAGAAUCAGUGUCCUGUGUAACCUGGAGAAGUUCUGUUGGUGGGGGCGGGGUCAGGGGCGGGGCCAGGCCGGCCAGGUGUGUCGCUGUCCUCGUGGCUCCAGAUGUUCUCAUUUCUUUGUCCAUAGUCUCUGAACCAAUCACGUCAGACAUUUUCUUUUUCUUCCUCAUUGUAUCAAACUGUUUUAAUUUGAAUAAAAGUAAUACAAUCAUCA